UGCAAUGAAGACCUGAAGCCUGACAAUCCAUGUGUGGCGUGCUGAACACACACACUGAAGAGUUACAGACGGCAGUGUUGUAGCAGCAGUGUGUGUGUGUGUGUGUGUCUCUGUGUGGCCGGUCCUGUCUGUGUAUUUGUGCAUACACAUUCUGCUGAGUUGAAAGCACUGUGGAGCUGAGGACUUAAGCCAGAGUAUGGUCCAACUGUCCACCUCGGUCUGCCUGGUGGGAGGCCUUUUGGGCCUGUUUUUGCUAGCGCCUGUUAUGGCUUCGACGCCAGCCAGCAUGUGCACGCCCUUGAAGACACUCAACGACAGCCUCAGCCACAGGCGACGGUACAUGAAGCACAACUUCCCCAUCAACUACACCAUCAGGGUUCAUCAGAAGGAAAUCUUUAAACUGUCAAACAUCAGCAGAAUGAAGUUACAGGUGGAGGAGUUAGAUGAACUUGUUCUCCAGAGGCUGUGGUUCGAGGUCAACCAAGGCGUGUUAAAAAAGAUCAUCCGAGUUAUGCCAGAGAGACAUCCUUCGCGUCCAUACACCGCCGAAUUGGAAAGACGCUUCAGGGAUGCUGAGGGAGUCUUUGUACAGUCACAUCCUGCUGAGGUGUUACAGCAGGAGCUUCCAGAGACUAUCCAGGACAUUUGGGAUCGUUUAACAGAAGAGCCUGAGAGAGUGCCAGAGUCCAGCUGGCGAUUUGCUUCUCCGAAAUCACUCCUAGACAACUUCUGCCACACCAUGUACUGCCUCUUCAGCGAGUGCUUUGCCAGCACAGAAGUGCAGCAGGACUACUGUGGUGUUUCCCAUUGGAGGAAAGGCAGGAAGAAAGACUUACAGCCGGAAAGCUGAGAAGAGGACAGUGGGGUGAAGUUGUCCAUGCUGAUACUGAUUAGGGAUUAGUAUCAUUAUCUCCCUUGAGCUUUAGGGAGAGGAGAAAAAGGACAAUGUACACUGAAACGAGACAGUUCAGUCCUGAUUUGUGAACAUCAAUAAAUCUUUCCCAAAUCUACCAAAUAGGGCCAAGAUUGUCUUGACGAUAUGAUGAAGUCACCAACCCUGGCAUGGCUCCAGCAAUCCAAAUUUCAGGCAUAGUAACAGUAUUCAAGAUUAUUUUAUGCAUGUAUGGAUUUUAUAUUGAAAUUACAUGAAACUCACGGUGGAAUAAAAGCUCCAACUCCUCAGAUUUUCCGAUUCUCUGUCAGUCAAGAUGCCCAAAGAAUUUGUGUUUUCAUGGCAUCACAGACUGAUGCUGUGGUAUUUGGGUUUCUAUUUUUGGAAGAGAAUUAUUCAUGUUCACAUAUAGUGCAUUCGGAAAAUGUUCAGACCCCUUCAGUUUUUUCCCAUUUUGUUAUGUCACAGCCUUAUGGUAAAACAAUUGAAAAGAAAAACCCAAUAUAUGAAUUUAAAAAAAAUCUAUUUAAACUUAAAAAAUAAAUAAACUUCCCUCUGGAAGUUCCUCCCAUUUCGACACUGGAUCUCUGGAGCUCAGCCUGAAAAACUUGAAGGAGUCUGAACACUUUCCAAAUUCACUGUAUAUUGACUAAACUGAUAUAUGAUCAAUAUAUUAGACAACUUCUUUUCUAAGUUGGAUUCUUUAAGAAGGGGAGUGUGGCGGAAGCUGCUUAAUCCUCGUCAGCUAAGGGUUAACUUCAUCUGGAGUGAGGAUGUCACUGUGGCUUUGCCAAAUCCCUGCCCCCCUGUGAGGUGCUCUUGUGUACCUGCACGGUUCACCACCAAUAAAAAGAGAGACUACACAUUGGAUUGUUAUUAUACUGAAAAACAUCAACUGAGUUUGUAACAUAGCCAACUUCUCUUCUAUGAACGCCUCUGUCAAACAUCAGUGAGCUAGAGCGAGAGCAGUGUACAUGAACUGAACUGAAGGCAAAAUGGUAACUACUGUUUUCUUUUCCCUCUUCAGUUGUUGACUAUGCACUAUUUAACCUAGAGCCUACAUUUAAAGCGUUAUUCUACAAGUGUGCUAUAGGCCCAGACUGCAUAAUCAGAAGCUGUUCAUUUUUGCUCCAUUCCUAGUUCUGUCUUUAUGUUUAUCCUGCACAAAGACUGAGAGUUGAACAAAUUGAAAAACAACAUACAAACAUCUCCCUCCAUCCAAGCUAUGCCUUUUAUAUUUACUAAAGAUCUGUAACAGAUUUUUUUUUUCUCCAGGCAACUAUUGAAUAUUUUGAUGACUCAUUAUCUGUGCAAAACUUAAAGAGUGACCAUUUGUAUUUCAAAUAUGAAGUAGCAUCACAGUCAGAAUUUGUUAAGUUUAUACAUUUUCAAAUGUAAUUGAUAAAGAUAAACAGAUAUAUUUUUGAGAUCAUACUUAUGUUUAAAAGGCUGAAUGAUUAUAAGGCUCAAUGUAUAAAGGGUAAUACGAAUGUGCUGAAAAAGCUGAAGUCAACCGUAUUAUCAAAUGCCAUGUCAAUGGGAUGUGUGAGGCCCACAUCAGGACAGAAAAACUCACCUAAACCCAAAACCUGCAUCCAUGGGAGAAGGCCUUGGGAGAUGCAGUUCAAAUUACCAUUCAAAAAUUAAUGUGUAAAAAUAGUAAAAUAUAAGGUCACAACUAUUAGAAAGCUGAAGUGAUGCUUGCAUGAGCUGUGAGGUUUUCCCAUUUGUGUCCCUUUAUUUUAUCUGUAGACAUACUUUAGCUUUCUGAGAUCCUGGAUGUGAACACCUCCACUUAAAGCUUUUGGCUGAAAAUUAGCUCUUAAACCUCAUCGUCUUUGUUUCACUCUUAUUCAGUGUACUGGAGUGUAACCAAACCAGUGAUGAACCUGUUAUUGACCUAAUAUGAUCUGUCUGCUGUGCAUGGUGGCCGUAUUUGUGUAAAAGGGUCAGUAGACACAAGAAGUAAAAGUAAAUGAGUAACAGCUGGGCUCAGAUUGCUCAGGUAACCUAAACAAAGUUGCCUAGCUAGCAAGCUAAAUUAGCUAAGCAGGUGUGGUUGAUUGUAUUUGAUCUACAGCUACCAGCUCAUUCCAUUCACUAGCCACUUAACACAAACUUUUGACAGUAUUUAGCUUAUUAAGGCAAGGGUGAGAAUGUUUAGUGUGUUCUGUUGAGUAGGAAAUUCAGUCAGCUACACUCAGCAGCAUUGUAUUCAAGUGCUUGGGACAGCCACUAUGGCUGCUGAGGGGUAUAGUAGAUCACGCAGUGGCCCUCUGUAGUUGUCAGAGUUGGAGUGCAUCCUUGAUCUCAUCUUGUUGCUUGACUCAAACUGCUGAUUUCAUAAAGUUUAGCCUCAUAUGUCAGCACUGUGUUUCACAAGUGGUUGUAUUUUACAUGCCUCACUUGAUUAUAGAUGAUGAUGAAGUUAGGCUUAAAUGCUUAUAAUAAGCUGAGGAUUCUCUUGACGGUUCAUGGUCAGAACAUGUAGAAUAAAGACGUGUGGGUGAUGGAUAGGAGGGAUUUAUUUAUAGCAUAUGCGACACUGUAGGCCUUCUGGGAGACAUUUGAAUGAUCUGUGAGGCACUUGGCUUAUUUGGGCAAGUUACACUUCCUAAGGCCCAAUAAAGAGAUUUAAAAAAUGGCACAUCCUUUUAACAGGUUUAUUCCAUCAGAUUCUGGCUUUUAUUUGACGGUUAAAUCAUCAUUUUAACAGAGGAAGUCCUUCACUGUAGGAUAGAAAGCUUACCCUUUGCCCUGCUCAGACCUUAGGUUGAAAAAGGCAUUACCUUAGCUAUUAGGAUUAAUACAUGGGAGUUAUAACGUAUUUGUUAGCUAUACACACUCCCCCGACAAACGACUUUGGUAAUAAACAUACCAUCUUUGACUUUUUUAAGCUUUAUAUUAAAAUGUACCAGGUGCUAAAAGAUAAGGACCUGCUUGUCACACAGGCCAAAUAAAGGUGAACUUUAUCGACAAGAAUCGCAUAAUAACCUGUGAACUUGUCUGUGACCAAGCCUUCGGCUGAUAAAAAAAAUGUAAACGGAACUUGCUGGAGUGGCGUGAAAUGUAUUUGUUUCUAGGUGUCUAUUUGCUACAAGCAUUCAGUGACAGUGAGGUAGGCGAGGUCAGUCGUUUACAGUACUGGGCAUCGUCAGGGCUGAAGAAUAUUUGCUCACUACUUCAUGCUUUCAAUGUUUUUCUACACCCGUUGUGUUUGCAUAUGAGUUGCAGCGGUUGUGAGUUUUAUCUUGGUGCACCCAGUCAAUUGCCUGCAAAUCCUGACUUGCUGGUUUAGUCAGUUUAUGACCUUUGGGCUAAUUGUGUUUAUUGUGAUAGAAUAUUUUUUAUGCAGUUGUUACCAAAAUUAGUUUGAAACACUCAAAAUCCUGAGCAAAGAAUAAGAAUUGGUUAUCUUUCAUGUAUAUAUUUAAAUCCAAGACAACUCAAAUUAUCUUCUUGUGAAAGCUCUUUCUUUGUAUGAAAGUUACACUUUGAGUUUACGCCUUCACUCCUAACCUCACAUAUGAUAUACAUUCAAGCCUUGCAAGCCUAAUUGUGUCACUCUUAAGGAGGGAGAAUGAUGUUGUUCAAUUAUUAUGUUAUAUACAGCAAUGGGUUGAGCAGCUUUCAUAAGUUUUAAGGGGGUUAAACCCAACCCUUGACAAGAAGCUCUAUAAUGAUGUAACAGAUAAAUGAUAAUUAUUGGCGUAGUUCUAUAAAUGCAGUGUGUAUUUUUAUUAUACUUUAUCGAUCAUAUGUAACCAUAUGGUUGUGUUUUUGUAACCAUAAGAACAUUUUAAGGUGUAUUCAAAGAUCCCUUAUUGUGAAAAUAAAGUGAUAUUUCCCACAGCUGACUGGCAACAACAAAGAGAUGAAAACUGCAAACAAAUGGGUGGUUGUUGUCUGUGGUCUGAAGAUAGAUUUUAGAAACAGAUUUUUUUUUAUACACAAGAUAUUGAAUUUAUUUAUUAUUUGGAAAUGUAUAAUGCUGUAUAAUGCUAUGUGACAAUACUUUUAUGAAAGAAAUAAAAAUCAAAU